AUGAUGAACUCUUCCCUGGACCUGCUGGAGCUUGAGCUCCUCAACCUGAGCGGCCCUCCUUUCUGCCUCCUGGACGUGGGCUACAGCCAGAUCUUAAGCACCUGUCUACUGGAGGUAGCCAUCAUCCUGCUGCUCACCGUCCUCAUCAUCUCUGGCAACCUGGUGGUGAUCUUUGUGUUCCACUGUGCUCCUCUUCUCCACCACCACACAACCAGUGCCUUCAUCCAGACCAUGGCCUACGCAGACCUGUUGGUGGGUGUCAGCUGCCUCAUCCCCUCCCUGUCCCUCCUCCACCACCUGAAAGGCCUGGACGAGGAGCUGACCUGUAAGGUGUUUGGUUACAUGGUUUCCGUGUUGAAGAGCGUUUCCAUGGCGUCACUGGCGUGUGUUAGCGUGGACCGCUACAUGGCGAUAACACGGCCUCUGUCGUACGCUACCUUGGCGACGCCGUGCCGGAUCCGCGGGUGCAUCCUCCUCAUCUGGGUCUACUCCGCCCUUGUCUUCCUGCCCUCCUUCUUCGGCUGGGGGAAGCCCGGCUACCACGGCGACGUGGUGGAGUGGUGCGCGGUGGAGUGGGAGACGAGGCCACUCUUCACAUCGUUCAUUGUGGCGCUGCUCUACGCGCCAGCCGCCAUGACGGUCUGCUUCACCUAUGUCAACAUCUUCCGGAUCUGCCGACAGCAUACGAGGGAGAUCAGCGAGCGCCGCGCCCGCUUCGGCCCACAGGAAGGCUCUCUGGGACAGGAUGGCCAGCCGCAGCAUGCGCCGGCGUGCACGGACAAACGCUACGCCAUGGUGCUGUUCCGCAUCACCAGCGUCUUCUACCUCCUCUGGCUUCCCUAUAUCCUGUAUUUCCUGCUGGAGAGCGCUGGGAUCUACAGUCACCCUGCCGCCUCGUUCAUCACCACCUGGCUGGCUAUCAGCAACAGCUUCUUUAACUGUCUGAUCUAUAGUCUGUCCAACAGUGCCUUCAGGAAGGGUUUAAAACGCCUCUGUUCGUUCUGUGUGCAGCGCGUGGACAGUAAGAAGUCCUUCAGCCCCUCACCAGGGUAUGGACAGGGGCCCAUCUGCACACGCUCCACAUGCCAUGUCUAG